AUUUUGGGUGUUUUUUUGACUGGGAAACGCCAGGGAGGAAGAGGGGUCCAUCCACGUGGGUUCAUCGGUCUUUCGAUCAUAUCAAUACUUCGAAUCCCAUAGAGCUCUGCGCACCAUCUCGAAGAAUUUGCAGACAGAAGAUCAAUCGUACUGCUCGAAAACCAGAUUUUGCAAUCGGGAGCUAUGGUUUCCUUCAAGCUUUUAUAGGUAAUGGUUUGGCGCAGAGAAAUAAGGGGUUAAGAAUCAGCAAUGAAAGGCGUCUUCUCGGCGCCCGGUGAUUACAUCUACUUCAAGUCUCAGGUCCCUCUUCAUAAGAUCCCUAUUGGGUCGAAGCAGUGGCGCUAUUAUGAUUUUGGCCCUAAAGUGGUUCCUCCACUCAUCUGUCUUCCUGGCAUAGCGGGAACGGCUGAUGUAUAUUACAAGCAGAUCAUGUCAUUGUCCAUGAAGGGUUAUCGCGUGAUUUCUGUUGAUAUUGCCCGUGCAUGGAACCAUCAUGAAUGGGUUCAAGCAUUUGAGAAGUUUCUAGAUGCUAUUGAUGUUCACCAUAUACAUCUAUAUGGUACAGCACUCGGAGGAUUCUUAGCACAACUAUUUGCUCAGCAUCGUCCACGUCGUGUUAGGUCGUUGGUACUUUCAAACACUUUUUUGGAGACAACUAGUUUUGCUGCUGCUAUGCCAUGGGCUCCUGUUGUUGCUUGGACACCGUCUUUUCUACUGAAGCGGUAUGUCCUGACUGGAAUCAGGGAUGUCCCGCAAGAACCUUUUAUUGCAGAUUCUGUGGAUUUUGUUGUUUCCCAGGUUGAAGCACUCGCUAAAGAUGACCUGGCAUCCAGAUUAACAUUGACGGCAGAUGCUGCAUCAGUUGGACCUCUUCUCCUUCCAGAUUCUUCUAUCACCCUUAUGGAUACGAAUGAUUACUGUGCGACCCCACAACAGCUCAAAGAUCAAGUUAGAGAAAGGUACCCCGGUGCCCGACAAGCAAUCUUGAAGACUGGAGGUGAUUUUCCCUUUCUUUCUCGGCCCGAUGAAGUGAACCUUCAUCUUCAGCUACACCUGAGACGAGUUGGUGUUGAGGCACGACCAGACUUGGUUAGGAGCGUUCCCCGGGAUGGCAAUGGCGAAAGUUCGGAUGGACCUAAAGACGAGAGAGGAGAUUCUGAUGAUGGGUCAAAAGACGACGAUGCUAAUCACUCAGAAAGCCCUUCCCACACGGACGAACCACCGUUCGCUCCGGGAGGUACCGAUCCACCAUUGACACCACAAGGUACGCAUUCUCAUACACUAGCGAAUCACUCGAGAAUUUCCAAAAGCGAGCAACUUUCAAACGCGUUUUCUGAAACCGAGCUAAACAUGGCAUCUCGAGUCUUGUUACACUUCAUCCAUCGUCUGCUUCCCCUCUACCUCGGGGCAUUUUGCGCUAAUUCAAAGCAUUGCUUGGAAUUUAGAAACUUAGUAUAGAGGAAUUUCUUUGUAAAUUAUGGUUUUUUUUGUAGACACCAGAAAUGGAAAUUGAAUGCUUGAGUUUGUGGUGGAAAGGUUCUUUUUAGUUGAGACAGCUAUGCAAUGUAUCUGUGUACCUCCAGCUUCAAAAUGUUCAAUUUUGACAUUGCUA